GAUUUUAAGACUUUAUUUUACUGUGUUGCCUGGUAUGUUUGGGUUGACACAGAUCACUACAACCAUGCACUCCAUUUUAAGAAAUACUCCAUCUUUCCGAUGAUACCCUAUUGUGAAGGUAUUAUAAGUACUUUUGUACGAAGUACAAAAAUUGAGAAUAUAAAAAAUGCACGUUGAUGAGCAGACAUCAUACUUCCUAAAGCCUACCAUGACAACCAACACAUUUUCUAGUAUUCUUACCCACCAACCUACCAUGCAUCAGCAUCUGCCAGUGAGACAAAUGCAUCAACCGUCUCAAUCCUUAUCACAGCGUGUGUCACACUAUCAUCAGGUCCAUCAGGUCCAUCAGCCAAGGCAAAAUUGUAAUGGUCAUGGCCAGCAGAUGGCAGUGGCAUCAAGUUCUCAACGACAUCAUAGUGAGAAUACUCCAACAAAACAUUCAAACAAAACUAAGAACACCGAUCAACAAAGUUCUUCAAGUUCAAAUGAAGGAGAUUACAAACUAGUACAACAUGAGGUUUUGAGAUCUUUGUCAAAUGAAUAUGAAGUGCUAGAAUUUCUUGGUCGUGGUACAUUUGGACAAGUUGUGAAGUGUUGGAAGCAUGGUACAAAUGAGAUUGUAGCAAUUAAAAUUUUGAAAAACCAUCCAUCGUAUGCACGACAGGGUCAAAUUGAAGUCAGCAUAUUGAAUAGAUUGUCUGGGGAGAAUGCUGAAGAAUGCAAUUUUGUUCGAGCAUAUGAAUGCUUCCAGCACAAGAAUCAUACAUGUUUAGUGUUUGAAAUGCUAGAACAAAAUUUAUACGAUUUUUUGAAGCAAAAUAAAUUCUGUCCUCUCAAACUGAAGUAUAUCAGGCCAAUAAUGCAUCAAGUGAUGACAGCUUUACUUAAACUGAAGCAAUUGGGACUGAUCCAUGCUGAUUUGAAGCCAGAAAAUAUCAUGCUUGUUGAUCCAGUUCAGCAUCCGUAUCGCGUGAAAGUUAUUGAUUUUGGUUCGGCAAGUCAUGUUUCAAAGGCAGUUCCUUCUACCUAUCUUCAAUCCCGUUAUUACAGAGCUCCGGAAAUUAUCUUAGGGCUUGCAUUCUCUGAGAAGAUUGACAUGUGGUCUUUGGGUUGCGUAGUAGCAGAGUUGUUCUUGGGAUGGCCCUUGUAUCCAGGUGCCUCCGAAUAUGACCAGAUUCGAUAUAUCUCACAAACCCAAGGUUCUCCACCACAGCAAUUGCUUAAUGAGGGUACGAAGACUUCAAAGUUUUUCUUGAAGCAUGCAGAAGGUGUCUAUCCUUUGUGGCGGCUUAAAACGCCAGGAGAAUAUGAAAGAGAGACUGGAGUUAAGUCAAAAGAAGCUCGAAAAUAUAUUUUCAAUUGCUUGGAUGACAUGGCUCAUGUAAACACACCCGGGUACGAGGGUGCAGACAUGAUGGCAGAAAAAGCAGACAGAAGAGAGUUUCUGGAAUUGCUGAAGCGAAUGUUGGUCUUGGAUGCAGAAACAAGAAUAACUCCCGGAGAAGCUCUUAAUCAUCCUUUUGUCAAUAUGACACAUUUAUUUGAAUAUGCACACACGCCAUUAGUGAAAUCGAUUGUUGAAAAAAUGAAAGUAUGCAGAAGAAAUCAUCACACAAUGUACGAUGUGUUACAAACACAAACUGCCGCAGCAGCAGCUCAAGCAUCGCCGUUUCUUGCUGGAUUUAUUCCUGGUGCUGCGGGAGUGUCAAGCCAUCCACUCGCUGGAAGCAUGGCAGUAUCAUUAGCAAACUCAUUCGGUGGACAGAGUUCAAGGAACGCUUCACAUUCGUAUCCUCGUCCUGAUGCUAUACAGCCUUCAUUUUUUAUCUGUCCAACCUAUCCUACAUUACCAACUAGUCCAAGAUCACAUGCACAGCAUGCCAAUACAAGCUUUGGGCAUCAUGCAGCAGCGGCCGCAACUUUGAUGCAGCCCUUAGCGAUGCCUGCUCCUGGAUCUGCAGCUCAUAUAACGCUCCAGAGUCAGUUACUGGCACAGAAUUCGUUACACACCAGACAAAUGUUGGUACCAGCGUGGCAGACAUUACCGGCUAUGGCAGCGACAGCAGCUGGAAGUUAUCAACAGCAUCUCAUGACAGAAGCAAAUGUAUUGGCGGCACAAAGUGAUCUUCUUAGAAGGCCACAACCACAGGUUGUUCAAGGUCGAGCUGUGGAUGCAGGAUCAAAUUACCAUGACCGAUCUAAUAGACGUCAGCAGUAUGCACAGCGUAGGUCAGGCAACUCACAUACCAAAAGAAAAUACAACGGUGUAUCACCUCAUUCUCAAGCCAUAAUUAUAGCGGAUGACACACCAAGCCCAGCUGUCAGUGUUAUUACAAUAAGCAGCGAUAGUGAGGAUGAAACGCAGAUUAUACCAGGGUCCUCUACACAAAGAAACAAUGUUAUAAGUUGUGUGACUGUACGCGACAGUCCUGCAGAUCAAGAACAAUCAAUCAUGUCAUCGACGGUUGAAGGACAUCCAUUUUUGUCCCAUUCCAAUAGUGACCCCUCUGCUGGCACAAAAAUGGAAGUGCUUGACAGCGGCCCUAGCCACAGCACUGUGUUUCCAUUAUCAUCACAACCCCAUCAUUCAUCAAAUCCGCAUUUCCAGAGUAAAUUUGAUGAUAAGGCCGUCUUGGCUGCAGCUGCGCAAUGUAAUUCAUUCAGCACCAUUAUGCAGCAUCAAUAUCCAGAAGCAUAUCCAUCAUCUGGCCAUUGGAAGGCCAUAAAAAAAGAUGGGGAUGAAGGUUAUUACCAUCAACCAGGAACAUCAAAAUCAAGUCGCUCUCGUACAACAGCUGGCCAUUCUCUACCUAAACCACACCAUCAUACUGGAAGUAUCCAGAAUGCCAUAACUGCACCCACACCAUAUUACGCCGUUCAGAAUCAGCCAUUAAACUUAACACAGGUACGGCCGCAGUUUUCGACUGCCAGUCUUAUGACCCAUCCUCAACUUCACUUGGCACAAAGAACAUUAAUCCAUUCUCCUGGGAAUGCCUUGAGCCAUGCAGCCCAUCUUGCGGCUUCUACGCCAGCACACAAUAGUAUGAAUGUUGCGGCCGCAGCUUUGUACCAGCAAUACGCAAGACCGACAUAUGUUGGAUCUCCGACCCCAGGUAUGUUCGCAACAUAUCCAAUAAGCCCAACUAAACCACAAGCUUACCAAUAUUUCUAUCAACCGUGACACAAGCCGAUGUUGUUCUGGAUUUUGAUUGUUCAGUUCUAGAUUUGUUUGUUUAGUAUCCCAUGGAUCUCAUGGAUUUGUUGUCCUACGGUUUUCAUCUCGAAUACUAUGAUGUAGUUUUUAGAGGGUGUUCUGCAAAACUUGACUUUUUAUCACUUAAUUGUCAUUUCGUAAAAAAUAGUAUGUUGAAGAAGAAAAUCUUUCCUAUAAUAUUUUAACUAAUUUGUUUAUUGAUUGCUCUCGAUUCAUAAAGAUGUUGUAUGCAUGAAUUUGAUCUUUAUAUUUGUCCAUGCAGACUGUCAAGUUUGUGCUUCAGAAGAUUUAUGUUUUGGCGCAUCCUACCUUGUAGAACACUUAUAAUAAGGGAGUUCUCAUAACUAUUUUUUGGAAGGUCCAUAUGAUUUGGAAAAUUUAUGUAUAAAUUCAGUUCCCUUUUUAGUCUUGAAAACUAAGCAUUUAUUUUCAAGCAUUCUGUUCUAUUAUUUUCUCAUUUUAGCGAAAUAAAUCUAUUUAACACGAUUUUAAAAUAAAAAUAUUCUAUAAAAAAAUUUCAGAAUAUAAGUGGGUUAUUCAGAAUGCUUCCUUUAAAAAUCAUUUACUUUUCAUUGCCUUAAAUGACUGUGAUACACAGGCAUGAUGCGCAUCUUAUACUUACAUGGGUUUUCCUGGAUCUCACAUAAAUAUUUGAAUGAAUUCAACAGUUUCUGCAUCUUUAUAUUGUAUUAUUAUCCUAGCGCUCCUUGUUGAUCUUAGGUUUUAAAAUUUUAGCAAUUUUAGUUUGUGGCACAUGCGUUCUGUUUUUAUCAAUUUUUAUUAUUCUAGUUAUCAUUUGUAACUCUCUAAUUGCUCUCUAAUUUGUACUUCUAUUUGUAAUCAGCAGUGUGCAUUGUACAUAAGCUACCACAUCUCCAUCUUAUUUCCAUUGUUAUCAUUAUUACCAUUUUAACUGUGUGUGUUUAUGUUAACACAAGAAAAGUUUCCCGUGUUUGUAAAUAUAUAUGAUACCGCACUCAAUUUUGCUGUGAAUAGUAAUUACUUUGGAAUUUUUUGCAAUUAUUGUUUUAUCACUUUUUUGAAACUCUGUGCCACGUCAUUUGUGCUUUUAUGAUUUGGUUUCAAAUUAGGAUUCGUCUAUAUUAUUCCAUGUAAAUUUUGUUUUGAAAAUUUUUCAUGAAAUUGAGAAUGAUUGUGUGUAAUUGCAUGCAUGCUUUUGCAUUGAAUUGUAAUUCGGGAUGAAUAACAACUUAUGUGGAUAUGUAAGAAUGUUUCUGUUGUACUUCGGUUCCAUUCGAAUGUUUGUGUUUCAAUAAUUGUAUGUAAAAUCAUUUUAUAUGAAGUAGCUACAAUUUUACCUGGUACAAAGUGUUCAUAUCCUUGUAGUGAUUAUCAGUAAUGUUGUAGCAUAUUUGAAUAUCUGUAUAUUGGCCUGUUUGCCAUGCCAUGUGGCAUUCUAGUUUUACUUUCCUUCCCAUUACUUAAUCAACUUGCCUGUAUAGAAAUUUCCAGAAUUUUUUUUGUUGAAACAUACGCCUGGAUUCAUGUCCGAAGCGGUGAGAGUUUUUUUUUAACAUAGCACCAUAUUCAAUACAAAGGCUGAAUUUCAUUUUUUUGGUAAUAUGACGUAAAUCGUACAUUGUGCAUUUUUAUUUCGAUUUGUUGAUGUCAUGUUGAAUUGGAAAUUAUGUUCAAUUCUAUUUUUCAAGAAUUUUUAGUACCUGAAAGAUCUGGAAUUUUUUUGCACGAACCUUAUUGAUUUUCAUGUCUAGUGGGCAAGUAAAAUUCUUCAACAAUAAAUUCAUAUUGCACAUGCAUAAGCCAGUUUCCAAAAAUAUUGCAUGCAUUUGCCAUGAAACAAAUUUGGCAUAAAGCUACAGCCGUAAAUUUCAACUUAGUUUUUUGAAAUAAUGAAGUCGUCAGACAUGGUGUCAAAUUUAAAUAUGUUCUUCUAAACUAAAAAGGGAAGUACUUGUAUAGGUGUAUGAUAUUCUCUUGUGAAUUUAGGAAAUCAGAAUCUUUUUUCCAAAAUGUAUAAAAAAUGGUAUAUUCACUUAAAAUUCUCCGCUAAACUUUUAUAAUUGUACAAACUAAAGCUCAAUGAACAAAUAAAUUGAGAUGUAGUCAAAGUACACAAUCCCUAUUAUCUGUUGUCCUACUGAAAUUCAUGUUUACGGCUAAUUAGCAUCUAAUUAUAAAGAUGAGUUAAAUUGGUCAUUUGAUCGGUAGGUAGUUGGUUGAAAAACUAUAUUAUUAAGUGUUGGUAGAAAUUCUUCAUGUUUUUUUUGUUUUAUAUUUUAUUGAGGUAGGUGAAUUCUAUCAAGAAUCAGCUUGUUCCUCGGAGAAAUUUUUGUUAGGACCUAUGUACAGUAGGUUUUGAUGAAUUUUAUGGUGUCUCUUCAUUAAUCAUGAAUUUGCCAAUAUAUGGUGCUUAAAACUUAUAAUUGAUACCAUUUUAUUAUUAUACUUAUUAUUAUUAACAUUGAUGUUAGUUGGGUUCACUUUUAUAUGGAUUGUUUUUAAUUAUUUUGUUCUUGUUGUAAAGUUAUCUUUUACUUGAUUCUCUCAUUCACAUUCUCACAAAUGUUCAAAAUUCAUUUAUUUCCCCUUAUUUUGAUGUUUUAUGUUUGGAUGAUUUUUUUUCAAAUUCGAAAUUUCAAUUUGUCAUCAAAAUUAUUCAUGAAAAUUUGAUAUCAUAUUUCUCUGGUUAGCCUGUAAUUUUCAAUGUCAUAUUGAAACAACCAAGAAAUAUAAACUGCAUGGUCGUGUGAGCUUCACUACAGACAACACUUUAGAAUUUACUUAUAUAUUCGGUAAAUUUAUCCUUCACUCUUUCAGCUAUCGUUUUCACUGUGGUGAUGACGACUUGUAAUUCCAACUCCCUGUCAUUCUAACCUUUUUGACCUACCGUGUUAGCUAGGUACAUUUUUUUGUGAAACGACCUCAUUUAACAAUAAAUAAAUUACAGUAAAGUUAUUUUGAUUUUUACUUCAAGCUAAUGAUAGUAAUUUUUGCUGAUUGUAUGAUUUUGCCUUCGUUAUUUUUUCUCAUGUGUAGCUUGGUGAAGUAGCCAGUAUUUGUAGUUACCUUUGUAAAUUCAUCUAUGUCGACCAUGCUUAAUUAAAAAUGGCUUUCAUUUUAUCAAAAUAGCUUUUAAAAAAGUGGUUUAAAAUUAUGUUGAAUAUGUUGAUUUUGUUUGCUGCGUUUUGGAACAACAAUUCUAAGUAUUAUUAAUUGUUAAAACUAAUUUUUUGGCCAAUCCAACUCUGCAUGUCCAUCAAAAAAAUCAUCAAAGGCUUUUCUGUUUGUGAAAAUUCAAUGAUAUAAUUGAAUAUUUUUUUAUUUUUUUGUAAACAUAGAUAACAAAUGUAUGUGAAUACACAAGUUUGUCUGCCAGCAAAUUUGGUGUUUUAUUCGUGCCAAUAAAAAAAAAUAAUAGUAAAAAUAUUACUGAAACAAAAACAAAAAAAUACUUCGUACAAAUUAUAUGGAUUAAUGUCUAUUAUGUUGAAUUGUUUCUAGCAUUAGGAAAGUAGUGUAAACAUGAGAGCAUACUAUUACCUCCACUUAUACUAGUUUAGUUAAUAUUUGAAGUGAAUUUGCAUAGUAGUGCCCUUUGAAUCCUGUCAUUUCCUAUGAAAUUCCAUAGUACCCUAAAACGUUGUUUGCGCAAAACUGAUCAGAUGCGUUUGGAUUAGCAUCAUUUCGAACAAUAUAACUUGGGGUAAAGUUUUCUCGAAUAUGAUUUCAAAUUCAUUACUGUAUAUGCAUUUUGCCCCAAACAGAAAUUGACUCUAUAAUUCUUAGUUUCGCCAAUUUUUAUGGAUUCGAUGUUCUAUUUGAAUAUUUCUUCAUUCAGUAGGAAAUGUAGAAAUGUUUUAAAGUCUAUUUAAUAACCUUCAUUCAAAUCUGACCAUCUGGCUAUGGUUAGCUCUUAGCUGCAUUACUGAUUUUCAUUCAGACCAGCCAUGACGUGAAAACAACUUGUUAUUUUUUGUUGAUAUCAUUAUGUUCAUCUUCGUUCAUAUUAUAUUCUAAUACACAGUAAGCUGUAUUCUACUCCAGGACACAGCCAUUCUGGUGAUUAGUGUAAAUUGACCUUUUUAUAUUUAGUACCAGGUUGAAUGUAUAUUGGAAAGCGGUGGAAACUGAUAAUAUUCAAUCCAACUCUUCAAAUAUAUGAUUUAGCGUGAAACAUUAAAUUGAAUAUUGUUAUUUCUAUGGUGGCUGUAACCAUUAGCUUCAUUGGUUAAUUGUGUAGAUUGUAGUUUUCUUUAUUACAGUUUUGUCGAGGCUGAUCAAAAAGUUUUGGAAUGUGAUUUGUGUAUUAAUUGAACCAACCUGUCAGAUGAUCCGAGAAACAAAAUCAAUCUAAUUUAUGAUUGUUCUGUGACAGAGUUGUGCUUGUGUAGUUUAUAAUUGAAAGGACAUAUACUAUGGGAAUUGAGAAAUGGUACUACUUUUGUAGAUAAUUUCAUUUACGGUAGAUUGUGCCGCCAGCCCUAUCAUGCCCCCAAAUUUUUACAAGUUAUGAAAACUGUUUUUUUUUUUCAGCAAAUAGAUUGUAAAUGUGGUUGACUAUCUGCAUCAAAUGUGCCAAAUGCUCACACAUUUGUGCAAACUAUCUUCAGUUUCAUCAAAAUCAUUAAUCGCUGCCUUCUCAACUCUGUCUUUUUAAAAAUGUAUUUAUAGUGUUUGUUAUUUGUAAGUCACAGUCAUUUGUAAUACUAAGAACAUUACAUAUAAAGGAAUGAAAAUAAUUGUAGUUUGUUGGCUUGUAAAGGUGUGCAAUAUAUAUUAUCAAUGUAUUUGAAUCUGUGUACUCUUCGAUUUUUUUCUUUUCAUAUUCUUUUUUAGGUUGAUUUAGUUUUGUUAUUUCUGUUGUAGUUUUAUUUGCUCAUGAUUAUCCAUAAGCUUGUUUGUGUGUUCUGUGUUUUAAAUAUUUUUGUUGAUUGUAUUGGUAUUGAAGUGAUCAUUUCACAAUUUAUAAAUAAUUUGAUUUAAACUGUAGUUUCUAUACGGGUGUGUAUACAAUUUGUUGUUUGUAUGGUAAUUUUCUUUCAUUAUCUUUUUGUUACCGGUUUUACCAACUUUCUUAUUAGCUUCCUUCUCGCCGCCUUCGUGUGUCUUUUCACAGUUUGAACUGUUUUUUGGGUUUUAUCUCCAGGCAGAUACGAUUUUUUGAUAUUCUAACCAAAUUUUGUCCAUCAAUGCCUUGGAUAAGAAUGAUCUGAUUCUUGGUUCUAGUGGUGUGUUUAUUUCUGUGAUUCACAUACUCAUUUUCCACACCUAUUCAAUUAGACAAAUAAAGGACAUGUUGUUCGUUUGGAUAA